AGGACAAAUGCAACGGAAACGAAACCGUAAGAAGAUAAACAUCUUAAUGAAUCAAAAGAUUGCUGCGGCCAAGAAAACAGGAGAGACCAAUAAACGCGGUUCUGACGAGCUAGAUUCAUCGGACAGGCCAAAAAAGAAGCCAAUGGUAAUAGAGUUUGAUGAUAACCUAAGAUUACAAGGAACUUCGAUUGCAUCCAACGAAAAAUCUACGAGGGAAUUUCUUGAUGCCCUCCAGAGUCUCAGGAGCAACCAAGAGCUUCAACAUGUGCUUCAGUAUAUGAACAAGUUUUCUGUUCCACCUCCUAAUGUGUCGAUGCCACCGCCAAUGAAUGUGAAACCGCCCCCAAGAAUUCAGUUCGCACCAUUAACGCCUCACACAUUCUAUCCGAGACCUCCAUUCAUGAUUAGAUACGUAAACCGAGCUUUCGUGAUGAGAAAGGUACCAAGAGCCAUCCCAGUGAAAGCACAUGUCUUAGCCAAGACGGAAUCUAUCACCGACGUUCCUUUAUCCGAGUUGAUGAUGAGAUCAAAAAAAUCUGGUGAGGCCGUAGUACCACAUGCCAAAGUAUACGAGGUUUCUAGAGGCAAUCCUUGGAUGAGAUCUUUUCAAUCGGUAUACUUGAGACCACCGUUCCCUAGUAGGACAUAUAGAAGACCUAUCUUGUCCAAUGUUGGGUUUACUGGGACAUUUUACAUACCUUCUCCAAUAGAAUCAGCUCCUAAAGACGUAAAAGCUACGAACGUGGCUAUUAUGGAUGACAAAAUUGAUGAGAAAAAAGGUGAUGCAGAAACUAAAGCUAGAGAGAUGGAUAUUUCAUGUGAUGGAGCUAAUAAAGGAAAAGGUGAUACUAGUUUUGAUGGAGAUAUCAAUGAUAAGACAGUGGACGAAAGUGGACUUGUUGAAUGUGAAACCGAAAACUAGAGGAUGAGGAUCACAUUUUGGAAGACGGGUGUGAGCCUAUUGUAGAAAGAAAUAUUGUCUCCAUCGUAAUAGAUGAAGAUGACAAUUUUGACGAAGAAAAAGAAAGGAUCUAGGGUUGCUUAGAUGUGUAUUGUGUAUGUGGUUUCAGAAUUACUAAGGAGCUCUGGCGUUGCGCUAUGUAGUUUUUUUUUCAUUGUUUUUUGUAAAAAUUGCAUGGUGGAAUAAAAUGUGAGUCAGAUUACUGUUAUAAUACAUUUGUUUUCCAAUUAUCUGCUGUUCACUCGCCUUCUGUGAAAGAAAAAUCAUGAAAGUGAAGCCUUGCCGCAGCCAUGUUUGACUAUGUUCCGUUUUCUCAUAUAAUAAUAUUUGCAGUCUCAGUGAUUUCACUUAUUUUUAUUCCUACAUCUUUGUGUUAUUAACGUUUUAUUUUUCUUUAUUGAAGCCUGAAUAUGCUGUUUUGUUUCAAAGAAUUUAGGAUAACUUGGUCUUAUUCUGAAUAGCGUACCUCACCAUGUACCAUCAGAAAAGGUAAUAUGCCAAAAAUAUUCUAAGGCUUCGAUUCAGUAAGCAUGAAAUUAGCUAUCUAAUAAAAGUUCCAAAGGAAACUAAC